ACCAGCGUAAUUUUCUCAUAAACCGAGUGUUUUCUUCAAUCAAAUCCUGUUAUAUACGCUACAUACUUGCUCUUGCUUUCUCAUAGAAGUUGAGGAGGAAAAAAAAUGAAUUUGAAGACCUUCUCCAAGUCCUUGAUCCUCUUCUACCGGUACCUCUUAAGGAGACAUAGAAGUGCCCAUGCAACCCAAGUAAAAUUUUGUAGGUACCCUUCCCAAGAGAGGCUAUCUAGCGAAGUUCUGGUAUGUGAUGUGGAAGGAGGGCUCUUGAGGUCUUCCUCCACCUUCCCGUACUUCAUGCUUGUGGCCUUGGAAGGAGGGGGGUUCCUAAGGGGUCUUCUACUCUUGCUUCUAUGCCCUUUGGUCUGUCUUGUUAGCCAUGAAUUGGGGCUUAGGCUCAUGGUCAUGGUGGCCUUUUGUGGGCUAAGGAAGGAUGGUUUUAGGGUAGGGAGGGCUGUGUUACCCAAGUUCUUCUUGGAGGAUGUGGGGUUGGAAGGUUUUGAGGCCUUGGGGAGGGGAGGGAAGAGGAUAUGCGUUAGUAGCAUGCCGAGGGUGAUGGUGGAAGCGUUCUUGAAGGAGUAUUUGGAGGUGGAGGUGGUCUUGGGGAGGGAGUUGAAGGAGUUUGGUGGCUAUUACACUGGGUUGAUGGAAGAGGAGGGUGAGGCCUGGGAGGGCACAGAUUCGAAGGAAUUAUUUGGAGGAGAGGGAGAGAUGAAAGCAGGUGUUAUUGGUUUUGGAAGCUAUCUCAACUCUCAUCAUCACAGAUUGUUCUCCCGUUGCAAGGAGGUAUACUUGGUCAGCGAAGCUGAAAAGAGAAGAUGGCAUCCCCUCCCAAGAUCAGCAUACCCCAAGCCACUAAUCUUCCAUGAUGGCAGGAUAGCCUUCAGGCCAACCCCAACCUCCACACUCUGCAUGUUCCUAUGGCUUCCCCUUGGCGUCCCUCUCGCCAUCUCCCGAACCGUCACCUUCAUCUUUCUCCCCUUCACCAUCUCCACUCCCAUCCUUGCCUUCGUGGGCUUGUACUGCAGGCCCACCUCCUCCUCCUCCUCCUCCUCCCCACCUCAAAAGCUCCAGAAUUCUCGAAAAUCUCAUGGUCAGCUCUACGUCUGCAACCACCGCACCCUCCUCGACCCCCUUUACAUCUCGGGCACGCUCAAACGCCAUGUCACCGCCACCACCUACAGCAUCAGCCGCGUCUCGGAGUUCCUCUCUCCGAUCAAAACCAUUAGGCUGACGAGGAACCGAGAGGCCGACAAGAAGAGGAUGGAGUCGGUGCUCCAAGAAGGAGGAGACCUUGUGGUGUGCCCCGAAGGGACGACGUGCCGGGAGCCGUAUCUCCUCCGCUUCAGCCCGCUGUUCGCCGAGCUAAUCAGCCAAGAGGUGGUGCCGGUUGCGUUGAAGGUGCACGUCCACAUGUUCUACGGCACGACGGCGAGCGGCUUCAAGGGUUUGGAUCCGCUCUUUUUUCUGAUGAAUCCAUACCCAUGGUAUGAUAUGGUGUUCAUGGAGAAGGUAUCCACUAGUUCUAUCGAUGGGAAAGAGUGCAGUAGCCGUGAGGUGGCUAACAACGUUCAGGAGAAGAUGGGGAAGGUGUUGGGAUUUGAGUGCACAGCACUGACAAGAAGGGAUAAGUAUUUGAUGCUUGCAGGUAAUGAAGGGAUAAUUGAUAGAGGAACAAAAGGGAGCUGAUUUGAGAUCAUGGAUGGAUGCAGUGGGUCCUUCCUUUCACAAAAGAUAGGGGAGAGACACUCUAACUAAUUAAGCUCAGGUGUAGAAAAGAUACUGGCAUGGGAAGUGCUUGUGAAUCUUACGACACCUUCAGUUUCUCUUUAUCUUGCUUCUUGGCUUGUAAUGCUAUGAGUUUUUCUUUUUUUUCUUUUUUCGUUUAUUUGGACUGAAGUAAUUGUUCAAUACCAUGAGGACACGAGAGAGGAAGGACUAAGAUUAGAAUGUCACCUGGUGGUAUGUUACAUAACUUGUACAGAAGUGUUCAUCCUAAUAAAUGUAGGUGGUUGAAAUACAUGG